UUAAUUUUGGCUUCACUUUAUUCCUACUAUUUAAUUCUCUUUUUUUGGGUUGUUUUUGGCCUUACCCAGUUAGACAAUACAAUAAAAACCUAUCACCUAUUCACCUUCAUCUCUUCUGUACUACAUCUUUGAUUCUGACUCCUCUUCACUUCCCUUUUGGAUCUUUUUCGCAAUUCCAAAUUAUCACGUGCGGUAAAUUCAUCUCCUUUAAUUUUCUUGAAUCUUCUUUUUAUAAAUAUGUAAGAACACAGAAAAGGGCCUUCGAUUUCAAUUAAUUUGACUAUUUUUUUGUUUUCAAUAUUUAAUUCGAUCCUUGGUUGUCAUGAUGGUGAUGGGUUGGUUUGGCUUUUUGUUCACGGUAUUUCAGGGUUUCUGGGGUUCCUCUUUAUGAUUUUUGAUCAUCUUCUCCUUGUUGCUUUGCUUGCUUUUGUUUUGUUCUCUGGGUUCUGCUCAAAAUUGGGAUUCAAACAAAGUAUUUAUUGGUUUUCGUGCCAUGAUUCAGGCAUCGGAGAUUUUCAUGUUUAUUGGAGAUAUUUUGUUCACAUUUGAGUUCAUCUGCCAACAAAAUUUAUAAUUCCUAAACCAUUUCUCAUUUGAUUGAGUUUGCUGCAAGGUGGAUGAGGAAGUGCUGCAUUUUUAUCUGAGCUUGUGAAUCUUACAUGGAUUUGCCCUCUAGUUGUAAGAAUUCGAGAGUAUUUGGUCGCUAUUUCAAUUCUUUAACGUGUAAAUGUGCUGCUUUGCUUGUUCUUGCUCUGGUCUUCAGAGCCAUAUUACUUUCGUCUUUCUCCGGCUAUGGGAAAAUGGAGGGGAACAUCCUUGAAGUGAUUCAUAGUCAAACUGAUCCAUUAUUGGAUAUUAAUUUUGGAAUCCGGAAAGAUAAGUUUCUGGAGGUCCCUCAAAUUGUAUGGGGAAUGAACAAUCAAAAGAUAGCAUUUGCAAGAGCCUGCCUAACUGCGCGAAUGCUGAAUCGAACCCUCUUGAUGCCCAGCUUGAGUGCUUCACUUUUUUACAAGGAAAUUGACCGUCUUCAGCCUAUUUCUUUUAAUAAAGUGUUUCAGUUAGAAAAGUUUAACACUCUUUGUAGAGGGUUUGUUCAGUUGGGUCAUUAUUCAGACAUCUCGAAUCGAACGGCGGUGCUUGAGCUUCAGAAGGGAAUGGGAAGGAAGUGGACGACUGGUGGAGACUUAGACCAAUUGAAAGAGCACAGCCGGGAACCACUUGAUGGGUAUGAGGUCAUCCGAAUAGUUGGAAAAAACCCAUUUUUGUGGCAUGAUCAUUGGCCUGUCAAUGACUAUGCAAAGGUCUUUGAGUGCCUAGUUUUAGUGGAUGAGUUUGCGAAAGAAGCAGAUAGAGUAGUGUCCAAGAUUAGCGACAUAAGAAGGGAACUGAAAAGCAAAUCUGAUUCUAUAGAAAAUGGUGUUGGUUCAGAUAGUUCUUCAUUACAGCCAGUGCCUUAUGUAGCUGUACACAUGCGGAUAGAGAUAGACUGGAUGAUUCAUUGUAAGAAAUUAGAGCAAAGAUCACACAUUUCCAAAAUCUGUAGUAGCAAAGAACAGAUUAUGGAGAGAGUUGGGAACAUUGCAGGACUCAAAAGUCCUACAGUUGUUUAUCUUGCUGUUGCGGAUAGUCUGCUUGAUCAAGAUUCGACCAUAUUGUCUGGUUGGAAAGAAGGAUUGAUUCCUCUUGAAAAGAAGAAACUGGGUGUUGAAAGAAUUUACAAGAAAUACCCGUAUCUCAUUCAAGCUGCGAUUGAUUAUGAAGUGUGUUUAAGGGCUGACUUGUUUGUAGGGAAUAGUUUUUCUACAUUUUCAAACCUUAUAGUUCUUGAGAGGACACAAAAGACGAUCAAAAUGGGUGUUAGAAAUUCGUGCGAUAAGGAUGUAAGAUGGCCGUCCUAUGCUUAUAACAUAGUAGGGGAAUCUAAUGGCCCCCGUAAAUGGAUGACCAAUAUGUCCGAUUCGAGCCUCCAAGCAGUCAGCUAUGGUUCUAAUGUUAUCUUAUGUUCUUUGAGCUGAGGGAAAGUUGAGCAUCCACUGGUUAUUUGAGAUCAAUCCCUUUCAAUCCUGAGGUUGAUAUUGGUUGGUACAGUUUUGAUGAUUUUUUGUUGUAGAUAAAAACAGCAAUAGAGAGUGUCAAGAAUGGAGUUAAUAUGACAGAUUUUUUGUGAUGAUUUGCUCUUCAGGCAUAAUUUGGGGUCUUUUUCACUUUUUUUUUUGUUGAUUGUCUAAUACUUUUCUUUUGUGGUGUAGAAAUCAAGUAAUUAAUGUAAUCAUUUGAUGUUGUACUGUGCAUUUUUUGUCAAUCUAAAGCUUUUGCAGA